GCGGCGCGGUUUGAAGAAGGAAGAACGGAAGAAGAUCAAUUUUGCCGGUCCAUGCCUGUUGCAGAACUCAAAUCCAUCACGCAAUCCGGCUAUUUCCUUCAUUAUUUACAUACAAUUUCUAUUCUUCCAUCACAAAAGAACCUGUAUAGUUGAUUUGUCUAGAAGAAGAAAUCAGGAAUGGAUACAUUAAUGGAGGAAGAAGAGUACAAUUGGAGGGAGGUAAAGCUACCGUCCUUAGUACCUCUGGUCCCUGCGCCGGAGCUUCCAAGGGAAACCGGAGAGCGACGUAGGGGUCGCGACAUUCUCCUUGCCGUCGACCACGGUCCCAACAGCAAACACGCUUUUGAUUGGGCCAUCGUUCACUUUUGCAGGCUCGCCGACACCCUCCAUCUCGUCCAUACCGUUUCCAGUGUAAAGAAUCAACUUGUGUACGAGGCUUCACAGGAACUAAUGGAAAAGCUAUCUGUGGAGGCAUAUACCGUUGCAAUGGUAAAAACUACUGCUCGGAUUGUGGAAGGAGAGGCUGGAAAAGCUAUUUGCAGGGAAGCGGAAAGAUUAAAGCCUGCUGCUGUAAUAAUGGGUACCAGAGGCCGUAGUUUGAUUCAAAGUGUACUGCAGGGAAGUGUAAGCGAGUAUUGCUUUCACAAUUGCAAAACAGCACCCAUCAUUGUCGUCCCAGGGAAAGAAUCAGGAGAAGAAUCUGUGAUCUAGUUAAACGGUUAAAAUGUAUUGCUCAUGAGAAACGAGUUAGCUGCUGCGUGUGGACAAGUUUGGUUCUGUAUGUUAUUAUUGUGUGAAUAAAUAUAUUAGAUUCAUGUAGCACUUGUAAUCUACCUUUGCUUAUUUGUAUAAAGAACAUAUUGUUUUGUUUGAAGUUGUUAUUCCUUUGUGCAUCA